AUGUCCAUUACUCCCAUACAAGACACCCCACAUUUCAUGGUUUCUGCUUUCUUUGAUCACAGAGAGACAGAGACUAUUCGAAUAAUUAGCAUCAUUAAGAGGGACAGUCUGAACCCACUUUACUGCAUUUACUGUAAUGCUCACAACAACUGCCAGGCCGGCAAAGCAGAUGUUGACACUCACAGUGAUCAUUUUGGCUUCCCAUUUGUGGCUUCAGAUGUGUUGUGUCGAGACAAGUACAUCCAUGAUGCUACACAUGUCACAAUCUCAGUCACCUCAAACAUUUCAGAUACCCACAGUAAAAAACUUCUUCCUGUCAAGAACGGGCAGAAAAGAGAUUCAUUCCCUUACAACUUCACUGUCUGCAUCUCCAGCCUCUUUGGGGACUAUAACAAUGCUCUGCAAUUUGCCCAAACCAUGGAGAUGUACAAGCUCCUAGGGGUGCAGCGAGUGGUCAUCUACAACACUAGUUGUGGUCCAGAUUUGGAGAAGCUACUGCAGCAUUACAGAAGAGAGGGUAUUCUUGAGGUUGUGCAGUGGCCCAUUAACCAGUUCCUAAACCCUUCUCCGGGAUGGAACUUCAAGGAGCACAAGGGGGACCUCCAUUACUAUGGUCAGUUGGUCACUCUUAAUGAAUGUAUUUACAGAAACAUGUACCAGUCCAAGUAUGUUCUCCUGAAUGACAUUGAUGAGAUUAUUAUGCCUUACAAACACACCAGUCUUCCAUUGCUGAUGGAGAAACUGCAAGAAGAGCAACCGAAAGCAGGCGUCUUUCUCAUUGAGAACCACAUCUUUCCCAAAAAUCAAUUUGAAGACAGUGGAAAAUUCAGUCGCCCAGAGUGGAAGGACAUACCAGGUCUCAAUAUCCUCGAACACAUCUACAGAGAGCCUGACAGGAAACAAAUUGUGAAUCCAACUAAAAUAAUCAUAAACCCAAGGAGUGUUGUCCAGACAUCAGUACACACCACACUCAAACAUUAUGGUGCGGUUUUCAAGGUCCCAUUUGAUGUCUGUCGGAUUGUACAUGUUCGAAUACCUCUACAAGGGGGCCUAACCAAAGACAAACUGUUUGUGGACACAAGAUUGUGGGAUUUUGAGAGGGAACUUGUUCCAAAUGUAGAUAAGGCACUGCAAGGGUCAGGUCUCCUGAAGCAUUCAUCACAGAAAACUCAUUUUCUGACAAUCCAAAGCAUGGAAGAGGUGGUGGAUCCAUUCGCUAGUGCAAGCAUGCAUGAAUGUCUGGGGGACACAGAUGAGGAGGGAGUGACCAGCCCAACAUAUCCACCAAAAGAUGAUGGCCUGAGCAGUAUGGUGAAAUACAUACUCAAAGGCACGAACGUAAGUGACAUGGAAGAACCUCCAGAGAAUUACAAUGGGACAGUGGAUAUUCAGAGGUUUUGGGAUGCUCUGGCCAUGGAGAUGAUUGGUCGUGGAUUUGAUGUAGAGACUAUGUCCACACAACCACCCUCUGUCGAGGACGUGGAUGGAUGUAUUCCCCCGCUGGGGUUCAAACUCAUAAAGGCCGCUGUGGGUGUCAUACUAGUGUAA